ACAUCAUUUUUUGCUUCCACUUUUUGCGAUUGCAAUGGUUUCCAAGACCACAAUCCGUUGCAGCUCUUCUCCAUUUCAUGCUAUAAUGACACACGACGUGUUCGUGAGCUUCCGCGGUGAAGACAUACACACCAGCUUCACCGGUUUUCUUUUUCAAGCUCUUGGUAGAAAAUGCACUAUUGUGGUCUUCUCAAUCAACUAUGCUUUCUCAACUAUUCGAAAUAAGCUACAAUAUGCAGAGCUUGAAGAUAUUGUUGAAAAGAUAAUAACAAAUAUGUUGGGUCACAAAUUUUCCAGUCUUCCAAAUGAUGAUCUAGUUGAGAUGGAAUCUCGUGUUGAAGAAUUAGCAAAGCUUUUACGUUUGGGGUCUGUUAAUGACAUUCAACUUGUGGGAAUUAGUAGGAUGGGUGGAAUAGGAAAAACAACAAUUGGUCAUGCUUUUUAUGUAGAAAUCUCUCAUCAAUAUGAUUUUUGUUGUUUUAUUGAUGAUGUAAGCAAAAUUUAUCAAGAUUUUGGUGUAUUGGGCUUACAAAAACAAUUACUUUGUGAAUCUUUGAAUGAAAAAAGUUUAGAGAUUUGCAAUCUAUGCAAGGGCAUGGAUAGUUCUUAAUAAUGUUGAUCAAGUUGAACAACUAAAGAUGUUUACAGGUAGUAGAUGUACUUUGUUACGUGAAUGCCUAGGUGGAGGGAGCAUAAUCAUCAUAAUUUCUAGGGAUAAUUAUAUUGAGGAGACAUGGAGUAGAUGAUGUUUACCAAGUCCAGACUUUAGAUCAAGAACAUGUUGUUCAAUUGUUUUGCAAAAAUGCUUUCAAAAGUAAUUAUGCUAUGAGUGAUUAUAAAAGGUUGACUUGUGAUGUAUUAUCACAUGCCC